CUCACGCAAAACCCUCUGCAACAAACAGUAAUAAUUUCACCUUCUCCCGUCUCUCUCUCAAACAGUCUUCUCUUCUCCUUCACUCCCUCUGAAUUCCGAUCCCUUUCAUUUAAUAACCUUCCCCAACACACACACACACACACACAUACACACGCACAAUAUAGCUCGUUGCUCACUAACUUCCUCCGCCGCCUCUCCUCGGCGAUGGGCGUUUUGCGCCGCCGCUAUCAUUCCUUCACUGCCUUCGCUUUUCUCUUAUUUGCCUUAGCUGCCGUCAUCACUCUCUCCUUACUCAGCAGUGGGUUCCAGGGGGAGGGAGACUCUACAGAGUUAGAGCGGAUUUUGACUCAGAAGAGACUCGCCGGUCCAGGUUCUUCACCACCCUCCUGCAGAUCCAAGUGCGGCAACUGUUCGCCGUGUAGCCCGGUUCACGUUCCGAUUCAUCCAGGAUUCAGUUUUCCUCAGGAAUAUUACCCAGAAGCUUGGCGAUGCAAGUGUGGCAACAAGUUGUUCAUGCCCUAAUUAAAUAGAGAGAAGACCAAAACCAUUACAGUAACUUUGAAAAGAAAAUUCUGAGAAUCCCCCUUUUUUUAAUCUUUUUCUUCCUUGGAACUUUGAUAAAUAUUAAUAUUCGUUGCUGUUAUGUAACUGUAACAUGCAUGUUUUUAUAUAUAAACCUGUCUACUGAGGGACAGGGAAGAACCUUGGGAAUGUAAGAUAUUCUGAUGUUAUCAAUAGGGGAUCUUUUUUCCUCUUGGUUAUCUUAAUUUUCA